AUGUCGCGUGCCAUAUUGGUCACCGGUGCAACCGGGCAACAAGCUGGCGCAGUGCUCAACGCCCUCAUUGCAAGACAACCUCAUGACUUCGUCUUUCUCGCUGUCACUCGCAAUGCACAGUCAUCUAGCGCCAGGCGCCUCGCUGCCAAGUCGCCAACUGUCAAGCUUGUUGAGGGAGAUCUCAAUAAUGUCCCCAGCCUCUUUCAGUCUGCCAGGAAAGUCGCAGGGGCCGUCCCACUCUGGGGGGUGUACUCAGUCCAGGUCUCCAUGGGCAAUGGAGUAACUCUCGAGGGCGAGGUGCGGCAGGGAAAGGCGAUUAUAGACGAGUCUGUCAAGUCUGGUGUUCAGCACUUUGUCUACAGCAGUGUUGAGCGGGGCGGCAAUGACCGGUCAUGGGAGAAUCCGACGCUCGUUCCGCACUUCAAGACGAAGCAUGAGAUUGAGCACUAA